CAUCGAGACCGAAGGCCAAAAAUAUUAUCCCGUGCCAUGGUCUGUUGUGUGUGUGAAACUCUUUGGGAGAGGGCUGUGAUGGUUGAUAAGCGUUGCCCUAGCGGUGCUUAUCAUGCGUCGGUCAAUCUCUCGUUAGCUGUGAAGCUGAGAGGACCUGGAACGCUGCAAAAGGGUUGACUAUCACAGUCACUCUCACGGAUGUUGUGUGGAUAAAAAAAAAUUCACUACAAGUCAGAAGUGGGAUCUCUCAAAUAGUGCCCACGGGGAAAAGUGAGUGCGCGAAAAAAAUAGUACAAAUUAGUCAGAGUGAGGAAAAAAAUUGGCUGAUGAGCAAUGAGAGAAAAAGUGAUGAGAUAAGGAUUCCCGUUAGUGUGAUUGGGAAUAAAAAUCAUUGCGAGUUUUUUCGUCGCACGACAAGGAGAGAUUUUUGACUAAAAUUGAAGAAAAAAAAGGAUUUUCGUGAAAAUUCUGUGAGAGUAAGUGGUGAUAUUGGUAAAAAGUGAACCCAGAAGUCAAUCCAGGUCGUGGUGAAUCAAAAAGUGUGCCAGAAUGCCUCCAAAAAGGCGAGUAGCAGCCGAAGAAAGUGAGGAGAAUACCAUUCAAGGGACAUCUGGAGGAAACAGGGGAGAAUUUUCUGGGCAGCGAGUGUACGUGAGAUUCAAUUUGAAGGAAAUUCAAAGCAUUUUGCCGAAAUUUGAUCCCAGUGAUCCCACAGGAAAUACAGCACGGGAGUGGCUGCAUAAAGUUGAGGUGAAAAGUCGGCUGUAUCAAUGGGAUCAGCAUCAGAAGCUAACGUAUGCCGUCAUGUGCCUCGAAGGACCAGCCCGUGAGUGGUACGAGAUGAAUCUGGAGGAGAUUAACGACUGGGACGUUUUCCGUGAUUUGCUGAUGAAGUAUUACCCGGAUGAUGUUGAUGUGGCUGGAAUUCUUACACAAUUGGGUAACAAAAAGAGAUCAGCAACCCAGUCAAUUGAUGAUUACUUCAAUGAGGUCGUAAAGGCUUGCAAGAGAGCUAAAUUGGAUGAGAAGGGAAUCAAGCAGUACUUGAUCCAAGGAAUAGAAGAGGAAGUGAUUAAAAUGCAACUACUGCCUCAGAUGGAGAAGCCUCUCUACGAUUUCCUGCAGCUCAUGAGAAUGUUGGAUGGAGGACGUACUCAGAAAGUUGAGGACAAGAAGGGUGAGUCCUCGAAGGCCACAGAGCAGGACAAAGAUGUGUUAGAUCAUCGCGAGAGAGAGAAGCAACGUCCAGAUAUUGCCGAUAACAUCAACCAUGAGGAAAAUUGUGUUGAUCUAGAGGAGGAGUGGACAAGUGAGGAUGGCUCAGACGAAACUGAGGGAGAGAAUUCUUCUAUGAGUGAGCAAGAAGACACAACAGGACACGAGACGGAGGAGUCAUGUUCCAAUGACACUGAAUGAACUGGGAAGCAACAAGGAGUUUAUUAUUUCCGUUAUUCUUUCUCAACGUUGUGGAAUGGUGCCACUGCAGGUGAAAUUUUAAGAGAAGGUUGAGUAAUGAGAAAUAAAAAUGUUGCGGAAUACUAGUGUCCUGAAAA